AUGACAUCUUCAGAUGAAUCGACUAGAAAAUCAAUAUCUGAUGAAUCUCAUAGAUCAUUACAACAAUCAGAAAAUUAUGAAAUUUAUCCUAUAACAUCAAGACAAACUCAUCAAUCUCAUCAAUCUAUUCAUACAAAUUCAAGUAAAAAGACAACAUAUUCAGAAUUAUCUAAAAUUAUAAGUGGAAUAAAAGAUGAUCAAAUACAAAGUAAUAAAGAUUAUGUCGAAAGAGGUGAUGCCGAAUUUUUAAUGGCUAAAGAAAUAGAUAGAGCAGCAAGUAGAAAUAUAAGUCGAGCUUCAAUAGAUCAAGAACAUUCAAUAGUAGAAGACGAAGAUGAAGAAGAUGAUGAAAAAGAACACCACACAAAAGAACUUGAUGAUGAUUAUCCUACUGACGGUGCUUUUGCAUGGGUUAUGGCAUUUUGUUCAAUGUUGGGAGUUUUUUCAACUUGGGGAGCUAAUGCAGGAUAUGGUGUAUUUUUAAAUUAUUAUUUAAAUUCAAAUACAUUUCCUGAAGCAACUGAAUAUGAUUUUGCAUUAAUUGGAGGUAUAGUUGUAUUUUGUGCAAAUUUUUUUUCACCAGUAUCUGCAUUUUUAUAUAAAAUUAUGGGUUUUAAAUAUGUUUGUGGAUUAGGAAUUAUUUUUCAAACUUUAGGAUGGAUUGCUGCAUCUUUUGCUACAAGAGUUUGGCAUUUAUAUUUAUCACAAGGAGUAGCUGUUGGAAUUUCAUUUAGUUUAAUAUUUAUUCCUGCUACAUUAGUUUUACCUACUUGGUUUGUUAAACAAAGAGCUGGAUCAAUGGGACUUUGUGUUUCAGGAGCUGGUUUAGGUGGGUUAAUUUUUUCACUUAGUGUAAAUAAAGUUAUUCAAGAUACUGGUGAUCAAAGAUGGGCAUUAAGAAUGGUUGGAUUUGUUACAUUAUUUGCUUCACUGGUUUGUGCAUUAAUGAUGAGACCAAGAAACUCAAAAAAUAUAGCACCAAUAAAGGAAAGACUUACAUCUGUUUAUAUGAAAGAUACAGUUGGAGUUAUAUUUGAUAUUAAAGUUUUUAAAAACUGGGGAAUAUGUGUUGUUAGUGUUUGGUUUGCCAUAGCAUUGAUUGGUUAUACUCUUAUGUUAUUCAGUUUAUCAUCUUAUGCUUCAGCUAUUGGAUUAACUCAUCAACAAGGUUCAGUAUUAACUGCAGUUAUGAAUGCUGCACAAAUUAUUGGUCGUCCAUCAAUGGGGUUAACCGCUGAUAAAUAUGGAAGGGCAAAUUUUACAAGUGUUUGUUGUUUAGUUAUAUGUAUUUUCCUUUAUGCAUUUUGGAUAAAUGCUAAAACAUUUGGUUCAUUAAUUGCAUUUGCAGUUAUUAUUGGGUUUAUUAUAGGUAUAGGAUCUUCAUUAGCUCAACCAUUAGCUGCUGAUUCUUUAGAAGGUCAAUUAGAAAAACUACCAGCUGGUUGGUCUGGUAUUAAUAUAUUUGUUUCAUUUUUUUGUUUAGUUUCAGAAGUUAUUGCAUUAUCAUUGGUUAAUAAUAAAUUGAGUAAUCCUUAUUUACAUACUCAAAUAUUUGCAGGUACUUGCUUUUUUGCUUGCUUUUUAUUAGUUAUGGUUCUACGAGAAUAUUUAGUUAGAAAAGUUAUAACAAAUAGAUAUGAAGAAGCAAAAUCAAAAUUAGAUAAACUUGGAGGUGUAACAAAAAGUGGAUACCUUAAAAUAGAAGAUGAGAAAACAGUUGAAGAAGCUGAAGAAACUGAAGAGAUUUUAAAUGAAAGAAUAGAAAGGUAUGAACAUUUAUUAAGAUUUAAUAUUGUAGGGUAUUUUAUGAGACUUGUAUAUCCAAUUAGAGUUUAA